AUGGACCGCCGUCGUCACCGCCACUCGUCACGCAGCGAGAGCUACUCGCCACCCCCACCAUCACGUCAACUCAGAAGCGCGGACGCAGACGGAGCAGUCGCAGUGUCAGUCGCAGUUCAGUCGCAGCAGAAGCCGCAGCGUCGUCAAUCGCCUGUGUCACGCUGUGGACCGAAACGGACCAAUGAGCGCUUCGGACGCGACCACAGCGUCAGUCCCCAGCAACUUCCGCCUCGAGGCACGUACCGAGGAAGGAAGAGGGAGGAUACGGGACAUAGCAGAGCUCGAGGCACCAGUCGAAGAAGCCGGAGUCGUAGCAUCCAUGGCCACGCCGCAAGUCGUGGUCGAGACGGGGACCGUCGGACCUCAUCGAGCCAUCGACGCAGUUCUGAGACACGACGCAGACACGAGGAAACAUCACGUGACCGAAGUUGGACCAGAAGUCCCAGUCAACAACGGCGCAGUCUAGUCGCCGUUAUCAGAGCUCCAGGAAACACGGCCGUCGUCGUCGCAGUGCAAGCUCAAGAGACGGCGGUGACAGUCGACAACGAUGUUUGCUAG